AUGACCGGCGGGCUGAAGGUCAUCAGGAAGAAGACCCAGGUACUUACUUGAUGACUUCAGUGCUGUGAUCUUUUGUUUCUGUUUUCGUAACAGUUAAAGCUUCGCUGUUCCUUCGCGUCGUCGACUUUCAUGAAUUUCGAAAACCCUCGCAGGUCAUGACCAUGAAGGACGUGCAGAAGCUCCAAUUUAGUGGAUUUUACCAAAAAACAAUUGUUGCCGUCAAAUGGGGGCCGGUAAAAACAGCCAUCAAGAGCCUCUACGCAGAUUUGAUUUCGUGCACGAGUAUCUUCGACGAGCCUGAUAGCGCUGACCAAUUGAGGAAGGUCAUCAGGGACGAAGCUGAACAACUGCCAGUACUUCCUUUGGAUUUCUAGGAGCUUACUCGUUGACUAUCGUGGGAGCCUGUGUGCCUCGUUUCUUUGUGUUGCGUUGUGUGCUUUAUUUGGCAGCUGUUCACCCUCGUCGUUCGUCGUGGCUAUCGCUACUGCUUUAAUUUUCCAUCUUCAAACUUCUCGCAGGUAAAUCUUCGAAGCUUUGCCUUGGCGUGCGAGGCUGGACCGCGAGAAAUCUAUUGCUGGUUCUUGCGGUCCAGUCCAGAAGAAAAGGAAGAGGUGGCUUCAAUGCUCCAAGAGGAGCACAAUAAUCUUCCAUGUCCGUUAGUGAACG